UACUAUUGAGCAAGGAAAAAGCGAGAGAGAGAGGGUGAGUGAGUAAAUGCAGUUUGCAGUCGAGUGUCUUGGAAUCAUACUGGUAGCAGGGAUAAAGAAAACCUUUAACUAACCAUUGAAUUAAGGAGAAAAAGAGAAUAGACACUACAGAGAGAAAAGAGAAGAGAGUCUGGUCUUUCAUCCUCUUAUCUGGGCAUCAGACGGAGGAGAGGAAUCCAGAGAGAGGGGGAACAGAUGAUAACAGGGUGCUCAUCCUGUUUAACACCAUACAGCUAGGAACAGACUGCAUCUGCAACAUACGGCCAGCGUCGUCAUUGGGAAUGCUGCGUUACAUCGGGAAUGUGUAAAUGUGCCAGUGUGUGUGUAUCUAUGAGCUGGUAAUAGCAACCCUAUUGGUAUUCUGAGGAGGGGGCUCCAGAUUCUCUCUCUGCUCCUACCCAGGAUGGCAUCACAGAGACGGGAUUGUGCUCGCCUGUGGAGAGGCCACUGGAAUGGGGCUGAAACCUAGUGGAAUGAUCUCUACCUUUCUGAAUCCUUUCCUUGUCAGUCACAGUUCCCACCAUGGGGAAUAAAGACAAACUGCUAGCAUCCAGCACCCCAAUACUGACCACCUCUCUACCCCUGCAGAGUGACCCCCCCCCUCACAAGGAGCCCAACCACCAGUGCUGCAAUUGUUCCAGUGAGAGAUGUGUACAAUGCACUCUUCUGAUUAUAACCGCAUCCAAUGGGAUUUAAUGAAACCUAGAGGCUUGGGGUGUUGAUGCCAGCGCCACAGCUUGUAGAGGAUCUUGAACUUCGGGGGACGUGUCUCCUUGGAAGGGAAUACUCAACUGUGACUCUCCUCCAGAAAACUACAUGGGAUUGUGGUACAUGGGUGGAUUUAUCGGCUGUACAUCCUGUCUAGAUUAUGGGACUUUACUCUGUUCACUUCAAAGUUCUGUGUCUGUUCCAGACCGGUUCCUCAGCAGAACCAAGUAGUUGACAUUCCCCCCUUGGGAAUCCCGCCUUCUGAUUUGUUUGGGGGCUUAUUUUUUAAAGGAACAAUUUCCCCUCCACUUUCCCUUUUUCUGGUCUUCCUCCUUUCCCCCCACCUCUUCAUCCAUUGAGGAGGAAUAUAUUAUGAAACAAGUCCAUUCUUCAUGAUCCUCCCUUGGUGACAGAGAGAAAAGAGGGACAAACUGCCCUGAAUAGAUAACGAGGAAGGAGAGAGAGAACGGAGAAGAGAAGGAGAUAGGGAAACACACAGAGAGAGAGAGAGAGAAUUAACUGAGAUUUGUCAGAAACCUUCUAGAGACUUCCUGCCUCAGCCUAAUUUAGUCUGUCUGUCUCUUAGAUCCGCUGGAAGCUGAUUGGUUGGUCGACUGGUUGGUUGCACGAUGGGCAGAGAAAGAGGCAGAAUUCUGACCGGGGGGGUAGCUGAGCACUAGAGGAGGGUAACAGGUCCCGCUGUACACCCCUGGACCGGAACUGGAUGGCUCAUAAACAGACAGACAGACAGUAAACUGGGAGGCAUUAUAAACAAGCAUUACAAACAGACAGUCGUCAUUGUCAUUCCAGACUGUGUGUGUGUGAGAGGGAGAGAGAGAGAGAGAGAGAGAGAGAGAGAGAGAGAGAGAGAGAGAGAAAGAGGGAGAUAGAGGUAGAGAAGAGAGAAGCAGUCAGUCCUGUGUUGGGUUUGGUGUUGCCUGUCUGCCUGACGGGGACUGAGAGCGAGCGACGCAGCAAUUAGAGGAUCUGACUGCAUCCCCCUCAGCCUCAGCCUCCACUGGCAAGACUAGACAGAAACAAACAAACAAACAAGUAGGGGGACUGCUACUAGAAGGGAAGGACAGGUUAGAUAGAGGUAGUGACAGCAAGAGUGAGAGAGAGAGGGAAGGAAAGAGAAAAGUAGACAGGGAAAAGGAGAGGGAUAGAGACCAGGUGUCUGAAAUCCUCUCCCUCUGCUCGUCAUUUUCUCUUCUGUUUCCCCCUCUUCUUCUGGGAGAGGUAUUGGAUUUAGACAGCGGUACUCGGAGCCGUCGAGGCCUUCUGCCGGGGAAGGAAACGAGGGAAGGAGAGAGAGAAAGGGAAGGAGGGGGGCCCUUUUGGAUUGAAACAGACUCAUUAACAACCCUUGUGUUUUAUUUGACUAAAAAGCUCCUUCCACGUCUAUAGCUCUACUGAGGAGAGGGAGAGAGAUAAACAAAGGGAAGAAGACAACACAAUACCUUUUCUUUUCCUCCUUCUGUCUUUUACUCUCUACUUUUGUUGAGGGUGUCAGAAGAUUUUUUCUAUCCUCAUUUGUUGCUUUUUCUCUUCACCUCCAAAAGGAAUAUUGUUGCCCAGCUAUCACAGUCCAAGUACCGGAAUAUUCCGUCUUGUCCUCGCUCUCUCAGCCCCCCACCCCUACACGGAGACAAUCCGGAACGCUGUGACAGCCCCACAAGUCCCCCCCCCCACCCCACCCCCAACAGUGGAUUCCAUCUCCAUGCCUGUCGAGGGCUGUGCUGACUGGCUACCACACACAUAUAUGGUACACCGCUUCUGAUAUCGUCUGACUCAUUCUGCCUUGGAGACAGAUGGAAAGGUGGCGAGCAGGCAGCCAGCAGACCGUUCUCCAUGAGGAGCAGUAGAAGAUGCCGGCUCUGCCAGCGCUGCUGCUGUCGAUACACUUCUCCUCCUUCCUGCUAGUUACCAUGGCACCACGCUCCGGAAGCCAGGCCGCCCUGCUCUCCUCCGUCCGGAUGGCUGCGAUCCUGGAUGACCAGUCAGUGUGUGGGCGUGGAGAGCGGCUGGCUCUGGCCCUGGCCAGGGAGAACAUCAACAGUGUGAUGGAGGGAGGGGCUAGAGCCCGUGUGGAGGUGGACAUAUUCGAACUGCAGAGGGACUCCCAGUAUGAGACCACUGACACCAUGUGCCAGAUUCUACCUAAAGGAGUGGUGUCUGUGAUAGGCCCUGCCAACAGCCCUGCUUCUGGCUCGACUGUCAGUCAUAUAUGCGGAGAGAAGGAGAUCCCUCAUGUAAAGAUAGGUCCAGAGGAGACUCCCAGGUUGCCCUACCUACGUUUUGCCUCGGUCAGUCUGUACCCUAGCAACGAGGACAUGAGCCUGGCCGUGGCAGCCAUCCUGCGAUCCUUCAGCUACCCAUCAGCCAGCCUGGUCUGCUCCAAGGCCGAGUGCCUUCUGCGAUUGGAGGAGCUAGUGCGGCGCUUCCUGAUCUCCAGGGAGACGCUGUCAAUCAGGAUGCUGGAUGACAGCCUGGAUCCCACCCCUCUGCUGAAGGAGAUACGAGACGACAAGGUGGCCACCAUCAUCAUCGACGCCAACGCCUCCAUCUCCUACCUCAUUCUCAAAAAGGCGUCAGAGUUGGGGAUGACAUCAGCGUUUUACAAGUACAUCCUCACCACCAUGGAUUUCCCCCUGCUGAGGCUGGAUGACAUAGUCGAUGACCAGUCCAACAUCAUAGGGUUCUCCAUGUUCAACACCACCCAUCCAUUCUACCUGGAGUUCAUCAGGAGUCUCAACCUGUCCUGGAGGGAGGGCUGUGAUCUCAUCUACCCCGGGCCUGCGUUGUCAUCAGCGUUGAUGUUUGACGCGGUGCACGUUGUAGUGGGGGCUGUGAGGGAGCUCAACAGGAGUCAGGAGAUUGGAGUCAAACCUCUCAGCUGCACCUCUCCUCAGAUUUGGCAACACGGCACCAGCCUCAUGAACUACCUACGCAUGGUGGAGUAUGAUGGUCUGACAGGCCAUGUGGAGUUCAACAGUAAAGGACAGAGGACCAACUACACCCUGAGGAUUCUGGAGAAACACCGCAGGGGUCACAGAGAGAUUGGUAUCUGGUACUCCAACAACACACUGGCUAUGAACGCCACCAGUCUGGACAUCAACGUCUCGGAAACACUGGCCAACAAGACCCUCAUCGUCACCACCAUAUUGGAGAGCCCCUAUGUGAUGCGUAAGGGGAACUACCAGGAGUACCAGAGGAAUGACCAGUAUGAGGGCUUCUGUGUGGACAUGUUGAGAGAGCUGGCAGACAUCUUGAAGUGCUCCUUCAGGAUUAAACUGGUGGAUGAUGGGCUGUAUGGAGCGCCUGAACCCAACGGGUCCUGGACCGGCAUGGUGGGAGAGCUCAUCAACAGGAAAGCAGACUUGGCAGUAGCAGGCUUCACCAUCACGUCUGAGAGGGAGAAAGUCAUAGACUUCUCCAAGCCCUUCAUGACGCUAGGAAUCAGCAUCUUGUACAGAGUCCACCUGGGGAGGAAGCCGGGGUAUUUCUCCUUCCUGGACCCCUUCUCUCCGGCUGUUUGGCUCUUCAUGCUGCUCGCCUACCUGGCUGUCAGCUGUGUGCUCUUCCUGGCUGCAAGGUUAAGUCCCUAUGAGUGGUACAACCCCCACCCAUGUCUGCAGGGGCACAAGGACAUGCUGGAGAACCAGUACACCCUAGGGAACAGCCUGUGGUUCCCUGUAGGAGGCUUCAUGCAGCAGGGCUCUGAGAUCAUGCCCCGUGCCCUGUCCACACGCUGCGUCUCAGGGGUCUGGUGGAUGUUUACUCUGAUCAUCAUCUCCUCCUACACGGCCAACCUGGCAGCCUUCCUGACCGUCCAGAGGAUGGAGGUGCCCAUCGAGUCUCCUGACGACCUGGCCGACCAGACCAACAUCGAGUAUGGCACUAUCCACGGGGGGAGCACCAUGACUUUCUUCAUGAACUCGCGCUACCAGACAUACCAGCGCAUGUGGAACUACAUGCACUCCAAGCAGCCCAGUGUGUUUGUGAAGAGCACGGAGGAGGGCAUUGCCCGCGUGGUCAACUCUAAAUAUGCCUUCCUCCUGGAGAGCACCAUGAAUGAGUAUUACCGCAAACUCAACUGUAAUCUCACCCAGAUUGGUGGUCUGCUGGACACCAAGGGCUACGGCAUCGGCAUGCCACUGGGCUCUCCAUUCAGAGAGGAGAUCACUAUGGCCAUCCUGCACCUGCAGGAGAACAACAGGCUGGAGAUCCUGAAGAGGAGGUGGUGGGAGGGAGGACAGUGCCCUAAAGAGGAGGACCACAGAGCCAAGGGUCUGGGCAUGGAGAACAUUGGGGGUAUCUUUGUGGUGUUGAUCUGUGGCCUCAUCAUCGCUGUGUUCGUGGCCAUCAUGGAGUUUGUGUGGUCGACGCGCUGCUCUUCAGAGACAGACGAGGUACGCCCUCACUCCUGCCCUCGCCGACACCACAGACCCACCCCAGUGUCUGUCUGUCAGGAGAUGCUCACAGAGUUCCAAAACGCCGUCUCCUGUAAGAAGAGUUCCCGUUCCCGUCGUCGCCGCCCCCUGGGCAAAUCCGCGGCCCUCCGCCACCCCACCCGCAUCGCCCUGGGGACCCAGCGGCCACUCCGCCUCGUACGGGAGAUGCGCCUCAGCAACGGCAAGCUGUACAGUGGCUCGGGACCCCUGACUGGGGGAGUAGGGGGGCCAGGAGGGGGUGUAGGGGCUGGGGGAGGUCCCUCAGACAUGGGCCCUGGGCCUCAGCGACUCCUGGAGGACCCUCUGGGGGCCAACACCACCCCUCCUCACCCGCCCCAGCCACAGGUCCCCUUGGCGCUCCCUCGCAGCUGCACGCACGUCAGGAUCUGCCAGGAGUGCAGGAGAAUCCAGAGCCUGAGGUCAGGGAUGGGGUCCACAAGGAUCCCCCCCUCAUCUGCACCCCUGCCGCGCCUGCCCCCCCCUCCCCCCCCCUCCUCCUCCAACACAGACAGUGAGGGGGGAGGGGGGUCCAGCCCCCGGCGGCUCCCCCACAGCACCCCUGCACCCUGCCUACCCAUACCACUCCCACAGAGCAGCACCGACACAGACCUUCUGGGGAAGCAGGACUAAGACUGACGAUCUAGGAGGGGCUGGAGGGUAUAUGGGGGCAAGUUAACGGUGACUUAACUGAUGUUUUGAGCUGCUCAGUGACACUAUUCUCUGACCCUCUGUACAUUGGCCUCCAGGAGGGAACUACAGGGAGAGAAGGAGGGAGAAAGAGGGAGAGAAGGAGGGAGAAAGAGAGAGAGAAUUAGAGGGCUCAAAGACGUUGUGAGACGUGUGAUGAAGCAAUGGAAAGGAUAUAUUUGCACAGAUACCAAAAGACACCCAUACAGAAGGAGAGACUUCCUUUGCUCUCCAGCGCGCUGCCCAGCUGUUUCUGAUGUUAGUCCAGUCUGUUCACAGAACCAUGCUCCACUAUGUUCUGGCUUUGUGAUUUACCUGAAGAUGGCUGCUCGGUUCUUAUCUUGACUUACCAGUUGACCAAUCAGGACUGAGCUACACUGGAUAAAGUAGUCAGGUAACUCAUAUAAUUUGAUGCCAGACCAACUGGUUUCUCUGUUGGUCUCUCUCUGUUCUCCCCGCUCUCUCUCUCUCUCUUUCCCUUUCCAUGGUACCACAGACUCAUCUAGAGCGUCCAGCUCUUCCUCUCUGGACGGUGACCACUGGAGGAGGAGUCCACAUCGAUCCUGGAGGACCUUUAAUCUAUGUAACAUACAACAACAGAAGACUUUAAAACUGACUCAGAGAAUUAUAUGAUUUUCCAGAUGUUUUUGUUGUUGUCUUUGUCGUUUGGUUACCAUUGUUCUAAGUGGAAGUUACAGAAAAAUAAAGACUAUAUAUGUGACUAAUGUGGUGGAUCACGACACACUAUGAAGACAACACUCCCCUGAGGUUUACUGUGUGGAGGAGGUGUUUUGUCCCUCUGGGGACCCUGUAGCUGCUUUUGAAACGACUUUGAAGAAAGCAGAUUUGGCUGGAAAUUAGUUGUAACAAAGUCAGAUAUGCAUAAUAUAAUGUGUGUGUGUGCACGCGCGCAGAGGUCUGUCCUUAUAGCAAGUGAGAGGAACAAAUGAUCAUACCAAGUAUAUGAUAAUCAGAGGCUUUGCGAUGUGAAAUGACUUGUUAUCCUGGAGAAUACUUGCCAAUCCUUUUCUCCUCUUUACCUCUGUUCAUAGCACAGACAGAGAAAGGAAGAGGAGAGAGAGGAUAGAGAGAAAAAGGAGAGAGAGAUGGAGAAAGAUAGAGGAGUAAGAGAAAAAUAGGAACGCAACAGAGAGAUAAAGGAGGACUGUAUUAGAAUGACAAAUCCCUAAUUGAACUACUUCCAUAAUGAGAUUUUUCCUGAUCUGGUCAUUCUGGGCAGCAUCUUGCUGGGGGCUUGGCUCUGCUGCCGGGAGGCUGGGACUAAAGCUUCCCUGCUCUACAUCACGUUGAACUGGCUGUCUGCAGCACAGACGCCUGCCAGAGCUCCACACAGAGCUCCACACCACCCUGAGCCCUCUCAUUACAGCCUGUGGAGCUUUAGAUCUGGUAAUUAUUCUCCUUUAAUAACUAAUAGCCACACAAUGACUAUGGAGGAGACUGAGGUCAUGGUUUAAUGUUCUAAAAGUAUGAUGGGGAAUAAUGUUACAGGGUUCAAGACUUUCUGAGGCUUUCUGCUGCCUCUCUCACACAUACACCACAGAUCAUCAUACACACACACUGACAGACAUAAUCAUGUAACCUAAGAAAUACAUAAUUAUUUCUGUGUUCUUCUCUUGGACCCUCAUCGGUGAGCCAGACACACACAUCUGCAUAGGUCACCACUCUAGUCUCAACUCAAUGCAGUGAAACCAUUGGAUGGCUUUCUUCCAAUACACUUCAUUGGCCUCCUUUCCUCAUCUCCUUUCCUACAUAGCAAUUGAUGGGGGGGGGGGGGGGGGGGGGGUAGCCAAAGUGAAUCAGAGGGGUGUCUGUGAGGGGAGAGAGUUUACUCAACAAAACAAACAAAUCGUUUUUGUUAACUUUUCAGUUCUCUGUAAUUUUUUCAUAUUUCUAUACUAGUGCUAAAUGGAUUAUUAAAAGAAUGAUGUUGAA